AACAUGGAGGACCACCUAGCGUUCCUGAUCACCGUGCCCACCACCCUCUUCCUCUUCCUCUCCAUCUUCAUCCUGGUCUGCAUAGAGUCCGUCUUCAACCGCAUGCUCCGCCUCUUCUCCCUCCUUAUAUGGGCCUGCCUGGUUGCCAUGGGUUACCUCUUCAUGUUCUCCGGGGGGAUCCUCUGUCCUUGGGACCAGGUCUCCUUCUUCCUGUUCAUAGUGUUUGUGGUUUACACCAUGCUGCCGUUCUCCAUGAGAGGAGCAGUCAUAGCCAGCAUCAUCACAUGUUUAUCACACACAAUCACACUCAGUGUGUGUCUGGCGUCUACUGCAGAGGCCUUUGAACCACUGGUGUGGCAGAUCCUGGCUAACAUCAUUAUCUUUACGUGUGGUAACCUGGCGGGAGCGUACCAUAAGCACCUGAUGGACCUGGCCCUCAGACAGACCUACCAGGACACCUGCAACUGCAUCAAGUCCCCCAUCAAACUGGAGUUUGAGAAACACCAGCAGGAAAGGUUACUGUUGUCCCUGCUCCCGGCCCAUAUCGCCCGUGUGAUGAAGGCAGAGAUCAUUCAGAGGUUACAGGGACCAAGGGACAGGGACUUCGGCCGGGCAGAGGGAACCAACAACUUUCACAACCUCUAUGUCCAACGACACACGAACGUUAGCAUUCUGUACGCAGACAUAGUCGGUUUCACUAAACUGGCUGGUGACUGCUCACCCGGAGAACUGGUGCACAUGCUGAAUGAAUUGUUCGGCAAGUUUGACCAGAUCGCCAAGGAAAAUGAGUGUAUGCGUAUAAAGAUCCUGGGUGAUUGUUAUUACUGUGUAUCAGGCCUGCCAGAGUCUCUACCACACCAUGCAGGCAACUGUGUCAAGAUGGGACUGGACAUGUGUGAGGCCAUCAAGAAGGUGCGGGAUGCUACUGGGGUUGACAUCAAUAUGCGAGUCGGGGUGCAUUCUGGGAACGUGCUGUGUGGCGUCAUCGGCCUCCAGAAGUGGCAAUACGAUGUCUGGUCGCAUGAUGUCACUCUAGCCAAUCACAUGGAGGCAGGGGGCGUGCCAGGGCGUGUCCAUAUCUCCUCAGUAACAUUGGAGCAUCUGAAGGGCUCCUAUAAGGUGGAACCAGGGGAGGGACAAAGUAGAGACUUUUACCUGAAGGAACACGGAGUCAUCACCUACCUGGUCAUCAACCCCAAGGCUGAGAGGCGGAGCCCCCACCUGUGUACACGUUCUCGUUCUACAUUGGACGGAGGGAAGAUGAGGGCUUCGGUCAGAAUGACUCGAUACCUGGAGUCGUGGGGGGCGGCAAAACCCUUUGCUAACCUGCACCACAGAGACAGCAUGACUACUGACAACGGCAAGAUUAACACUACUGAUGUUCCAAUGGGCCAGUAUCACUACCAGAGAAGAGAGAGGACUAAAUCUCAGAAGAGACGGUUUGAAGAGGAACUGGAAGAGAGGAUGAUCAGAACCAUCGACGGCAUCAACUCACAAAAGCAGUGGCUGAAGUCUGAGGACAUCCAGAGGAUCUCACUCUUCUUUCACAACAAGACUCUGGAGAAGGAGUAUCGAGCCACCACUCUGCCAGCCUUUAAAUACUACGUCACCUGUGCCUGUCUCAUCUUCUGCUGCAUCUUCAUAGUGCAGAUACUGGUCCUGCCCAAAACAGCAGUGUUGGGGAUCUCCUUCGGCAUGGCUUUCCUCCUUUUAGCUCUGAUCUUGGUCAUAUGUUUUUCUAGCCACAUCUUG